GAGCGCUCAGGCGAAGGCGUCGCGCGCGGAACUCCGCUAAAGUAACAGGAAAGUGGCGGGUCUCUGAUGCUGGAGCCGCGCCGGAAAUAAACCAUCACGCGCUCCAACUUUUUUAACCCGAUCGUCACGCGCGCGGUUCUGCGGUGUUUAUUCCUCGCCGCCAGAGCGCGCGCGGCUGUGAGCGCGAUGUGACCCGGGGCUCCGGUUCCAGCUGAUCCCGGGAGCGGACCUCGCAGGAAACAGCCAUGUAAACCCCGCGGAGAGAACUGAGGGGUUCUGUUCUUUUGGGUUCUCACACCGGGGUGCAGCUAUGAUUCCUCCCGCCGACAUGACGCUCACCGACAGCACCGACAAGGAGAAGGAGAAGGAGCGCGCGCCGGAGCACAGCGAGCCGCCCCAGUCUCCCUCAUCCGCCAGCCAGCACGAGACCAAGCUCCAGAAGCUGAAGCGCUCGCUUUCCUUCAGAACCAAGAGCCUCCGCAGCAAAAGCGCCGACAACUUCUUCCAGCGUCCGAGUCCCGAGGUUAGCAACAGCAGCAGCACAGGACAGCUCAGUACCAUUGGGGUGUCUGUGUCUGCUCCGUCUGAAUCCUGUUACAUCCCGCCCCUGACUCCUCCUCCCACAAUGCCGUCUGGACUUCCCCUGACCAUCUGCUCGCCUUCACGUGCGCCGCGUCCACCUGACCCCACAGCACAUACCUUCCUGGAGCACACGUUCAAGAAGCCGCACUUCUGCGACGUCUGCAACCAUAUGAUUGUAGCUUGCCAAGGCGGAGCAGGCAAAGUUUUCGGCCCCAACACCAAGCUGGGACUCCGCUGCAAAGCGUGUAAAAUGGGAAUCCAUCACAAGUGUCUGAACAGGGUGGGGCAGCAGAGGUGCAUGGGCAAACUGCCCAAAGGCUUCAGGAGGUACUCCAGCUCCCCGCUGCUGAUCCAGGAACAGUUUGGCUGCAUUAAGGAGGUCAUGCCUAUCGCGUGCGGCAGUAAGGUGGACCCGGUGUACGAGGCGCUGCGGUUCGGGACGUCCCUCGCCCAGAAGACCAAGAGGGCCAGCGGCUCCGACUCGCCUCCGAGAAACUCCACCAGUGAUCUUGCUGAAGUUCCCGAGGAAGCAGCCCACUGCAGUCACACACAACUCACCAGGAAACACAGCGACAACGCUGCAGCGGAUGUGAGUUGCGAGGAUGCCCAGAGGAUGCAGAGAGGAUACAGCAGACGUUUAACGGAUGAUAACGGACAUAGAACGUUUGUUGCUCGUAUAUGUCGCGGAUUUACAUCGUACACGGCGGAAAGUUCAUCCGUUCUAAAAGUUUUGUGCAGCUCAAAACUUUUUGCGCGGAUGAAAUCACAGUGGACGGAUGCUCGAUGGAUAGAGCGUAUGAAGCACGUAUGCAAUGAGUACACAACGGAUGCAUAGCGUUUUCCAACGGAUGGCAAAGAUUUUUUUACGUUUUACAUCCUCUUUGCAUCCAUAAGUGCAGUGGGACCGGGCCUUUAAACCAGAAUCUCGCCCACAUAAACAUCUCAUUAAAAAUAUAAAACACCUCAAACAGCAGAUGUCUCAAAGACUCGGUAAACCAGAAGCAACCUCUUUAUGACAUCGCAACAAAUACCAAAAUAAACACUCCACUAAAGAAAACACUUAAGUGUCAUCUCAAGCGGCACUUGGAAACACUCAGCAAGCUCGUUAAGGGCAAUUCCAUGUAAAUGUCAACCUCACCAUGCAAAAAUAAAGCAACAUGUAAUACAUCAAAACCACUCCCAGAGAUCUCACCUAGGCCUGUAUUUUACAGAUGUGAAUAAGUUGAACCAAUUUGUCACAUUUUGAUCACCUAAUAUGUCACCGUCAGUCUUUCUUUCUUAUAAUGUAAAACCCAAGCUAAAAUCAACUUUGAUCAUGUACAAUUCUAUAUUAUUGCCACAAGCCACAGAAAUGUAUGCUAAAAUCCACAAGACAGCAAAACAAUAGCCAUCCUAAAUAUUAUUUAAGAACUUUGAUAGUUUUAGCUGAUAUUUAGAGAGUUUUUCAAAGGGUUAUGGUGGUUAAAUUGCUGAUUUUCUAAACAUAUGCCAUGUCUAUUUCAGACGCGUCACAUCCAUAACGGAAUUUCGUCACAUCCAUAACGCUGACUUUUCCUUCCGAAACUCUGCAUGAAAUACAAAAUAUUUUAAACAAAGAUUUUUUUAAUAUCCACCUUGGACCCCUCUAUCAAACGGAUAUCUCCAUUUCGACAUUAGGUUUACGAUUUCACAGAGUUUGAUAAAAAUGUACAGUCACCCAAGAAAAGUGAUACUUUUUCUGUCACAUCCAUAACGCAUCUUUUAUUGGCGUUUUCUGGCAUGCCCUAGAUGUACUAUGGGAAUUGUUCUUGUUCUAUCACUUCUCCAGUAUGCUACAGCCUUAAAAUAUGCAACACCUGUUUAAACACUGGGAGACAAGAAAACAUGCACUGGGUCAUUUGUUGCCAUUUUGAGUUCAAGUGUCACGUCCAUAACGCUGGAAUUGCUCUUAAACACCACAGUAAACACACCGCGGGUUUCCUCGGGGUUCUCUGGUUUCCUCCCAUCACCCGCCUCUGGAAACAGAUGUUUGUGUUUUUUGUUAAGUUGUAAAAUGUUGACCGAGUUUGAGAUAUUUUUCUUCCCUGUCGAUCCACUCUGCU